GUGCCCAGAUUAUUGAUUUGAUGAUGCUUGUAAUAGAUGUGACAAAAGGGAUGCAGACGCAGUCAGCAGAGUGCUUGGUAAUUGGGCAAAUUGCCUGCCAGAAGAUGGUGGUAGUUCUGAACAAAAUAGAUCUCCUUCCAGAGGGGAAGCGACAAAGUGCCAUUGAGAAGAUGACUAAGAAAAUGCAGAAGACCUUGGAAAAUACUAAGUUCUGUGGGUGUCCUGUCGUUGCUGUUGCAGCAAAGCCUGGUGGACCUGAAGCCCCAGAGUCUGAGAAUCCGCUAGGUGUUUCUGAAUUAAUUGAGGUCCUGAAGUCUCAGGCUUACCUGCCAUCAAGAGACCCCUCGGGACACUUCCUUAUGGCAGUCGACCACUGUUUCUCUAUCAAGGGUCAAGGCACAGUGAUGACAGGGACUAUUCUUUCUGGUUCUGUUAGCCUUGGUGACAAUGUGGAGAUUCCUGCCCUGAAGGUGACAAAGAAAGUCAAGUCCAUGCAGAUGUUCCAUACUCCUGUGACUUAUGCUAUGCAGGGCGACAGAGUAGGUGUCUGUGUAACCCAGUUUGAUCCCAAACUGCUAGAACGAGGCCUGAUUUGCACCCCAGAAUCACUUCACACCAUCCAUGCUGCAAUAAUUUCCCUGAAGAAAAUCCAGUAUUUUCGAGGAGCUCUUCAGACCAAGGCCAAGUUCCAUAUCACAGUUGGUCAUGAAACAGUUAUGGGAAGAGUGAUGUUUUUCAGUCCAGCCCCUGCUGACUUCAAUGAAGAAAUUCAAGAAAAUGUUUUUGAUUUUGAAAAAGACUAUCUUUAUCAAGAGGAAUAUUUGUCCAAGGACUCAAAUUCUUCAGAGGAGAACAAAGAAAAUGACCAGGCAGGAGAAGUCCAGCUCCCAAGACAACAGUGGGCUUUGGUAGAGUUUGAGAAGCCAGUCACUUGUCCUAAACUGUCCCUUGUGAUCGGCUCCAAGCUGGAUACAGAUAUUCAUGCAAAUACCUGCAGGUUGGCAUUCCAUGGGGUACUGCUACAAGGCACGGAAGACAAGAACUAUACGGAGACUUUCCUUCCGAAGCUGAAAGUGUACAAACUGAAGCAUAAAGAAGGACAAGUGGAAAGGGUGAUGGACGAUUACAGCGUGAUUGGUCGUUCGUUGUUCAAAAAGGAAACAAACAUCCAGAUUUUCGUGGGUCUAAAAGUCAAACUGUCUACAGGAGAAGAUGGAAUAAUAGAUGGUGGUUUUGGACAAAGUGGCAAAUUUAAAAUCCGAAUUCCAGAUGGGCUGAAACCAGAUACCAAGAUGCUUCUCACUGUUGCCUCCAAGAAGAAAUCUAAGGCAGGGAAGGGGGAUACAACCAAAGAGGAUGAAAGCAGCAAGAAUGAUGCAGCCCAACCUGUUACUAUCUCUCUUCUCUUUAAAAGAUAUGUCUUUGACAUGCAGAAGAAAAUGAUUCAAUCCUGA